AUGGCCAAAGGAAGAAGUGGCAGAAGUGGCAGAAGUGGAGGCAAUAGAUCACACGGAGCCAGAAGGACAGGUGGUGUUGGACACAGAACUCAUCACCACACUCCCUCAAGAAGUGCAUUCUCAAGACGAAACCACAGAACUAAUCUCCAUACCACAACUGGAAGGCCAAGUGGUGGAGUUCUACGAGUUUCAGGUGGCAGUUCUAGAAAUAAUCCAAAAACACUUCUGAUUUUGGGUGGAGUUUUCAGUUUGAUUGCAAUUGCAGAGUUGAUUGCAUGUUUGGUGUUGGGAGUCUUGAUGGCAACUUGUGUAAAGCAACCGAAACAAGAUAAUUGUCCAGUUUAUGAUUCGAUUAUGAUUCCUCUGGGUGCAUCAGCUGGUAUUUUGUUGGUGAUGGGUGUUUUGUUUAUUCUAUUGUCUAUUCGAAUGAUUAUUCAGAGAAGAAAGAUGGCUGCAAUGAAUACUGGAAGUGAAAUUGGUUUGGCAAAUGUUUCUGUGAUGCAAUUAGAAACAGGCGAAACAGUGCAGCAACAUCCUAUGAUUAUUGAAAAUACAGGUUUUGUAAACCGUUAUUAUUUUAGUCAACCGAAUCCAAUGAUGAUGAAUUAUUAUCAAUAUCCUCCAAAUAAUGCAACUGUCAUUCCACCUAAUCAACAACAGCCCAUCUAUUACAAUAAUUUUCAAAGUAAUAUUGUUGCUGGUACCAACAACACAUCAGAUGCAAGUUUACAAUAUUACAAUCACAACGAAUCUGAAUUAGCAAUGACGAAUAAUCAUGGAAUGGUCAAUCCAAAUAUUUCCAAUCAACAAUUCGAAUCAAACGAAUCCAUUCAAUACUCAAUGAAUUAUAGAAAAUCAACAUGUGAUAAUGAGGCACCAACCACAAUAUAUAUUCCCUCACCACAAGCACCUCCACAACCACAGCAGCAGCAGCAUGACGAUAAAGUGUAA